AUGGGGCAGCUGGAGCGCUGGCUCAAGCCUCCGGCACCCGGUCCUGCUUCGCCUCUGGCGCCAGGGCUCUGUACCCUCCCACAGCGCUCCAUCCCUCCCACCCCUCCCCUGAGUCCCUCCCUAGAGCCUCUUCUCCCCGCCCUCCCCUCUCUUUCAUUUCCGUGCUGGCUUUCCCCUCCGCCCGGGUCACGUCCACUUUUGAAAUCAUCCACACCCGUCCGAAGGGUGCGGAGGUGGCUAGAAUCCAAGAGCCUCGGAGGCCUGGGGAGGGAACGCCCGGGAGCCGCGCUGGGGGUGGGACCAGCUUCCUGGUGUCCUGCGCACUCUGUCACCUUUUCUAGGUCCCAUCCACUUGGCGCCAGGACUAGACCGACUGUUGACAUGAGGCACCCACACCUGGUCUUACCUGAGUUCUGGAGAUCUGACCUCUCUAACCUCAUUCUUGAGUGGUUCCUUGGCUGUGAUGCUGAACAUGGGCAUUUCCUGUGGAAACAAGCUAAAGGGGCCAGAGGCACCAACAAAGCUUCGUUGCAGUCUUCGGGUGAAUAGGAGAGCAGUGUCCACCAAGCAAUAUUUAGCCAACAAGCGGAGAAGUCAUCGGGCGCUUUUAGGGCUGUCGGUGUGGGCUGGAGUCUGGUCAUGAGUAUUGCACUCAGAAUUUUCUUUGUCUGUCUAUUUUUGAAGCAGGGCCCUAACUAAGCAUCCUGGCUGUCUGGGACUGACCAGUUUAAGCUGACAGAUCCACCUGCCUCUGCUUCCGCAGUGUUGGGAUAAAAGACCACCACAGCCUGCUAGGUUAUGACUUUGGUUGUAGGCUGGCAUAUUCCUGAAGACAUCACAGUACAACACUGAGUCAAGAUAGGCAUGCCGGGAAGGGCACAUUCCAUAGGUGGUUCAAUAGAUAAGGCAGGAUAGGGGAAAGCCACACUGUUGCUUUGAGUGGGUAAAACAUUAUGGGUCAAACCCUAGAACUUUAUCCAUCCCUUAUCCAUGGUGGUCCCCAACUAUCUCAUCUGCACCGGAGACUUAAGCUGAUAUGAAGCAUACCUGCAGGAGAAAAGCAAACAACUUGUUCGGCAUCAUGUCAGUUGUGUUUCUGUUGCCCGUGAUAAAACACCAUGACCAAAAGCAAUUUAUAAAAGAGAGAGGUCAUUUUGGUUUGUGGUUCCAGAGGGCUCGAGAUCCAUGAGAGUGGGGAAGGCACAGGCACAUGAGGCCUGGGAACAGGAAACUGAGCGAGAAGAACUCAACCACACACAGGAAACAGAGAGAGCAAGACGGAAGUGGGCUGGAGCCGUAUACCAUCGAAGCUCAUCCCCAGCGACUGCUUUCUCCAGCAAGGCUGUACCACUGUCACGUUUUCUCUGGGGUAAAUAGGAGUUGUUAAUGGGCAAAGAAUUACUAUGAAAUCGCCAAAACAAUGUUUUCUUGUUGAUG